CUUUCCACGAAUACUUUGAAAGUGGAAAUAUUCGCAAUAUGAUUGAAACUUCUUGUACUGCAAAGAAAAGUGUGAUUCUAUCAGAUCUUUGACGAGAUUACAUCACGAAUAUAUUGUGGAACAUGACAUGGUAUCUUAUAAUAUUUGAAGUAUGUAUUGAUGUUAUUAAACUUAACGCAACAAAUACUUGUAAAAGGUUUAAUUACAUUUCAUGAGGUUACAAUUACAGAUGGUAUCUGAUAUCAUUUUGUGCACAUUUGAUUCUACAUGCGAUUAUAGCUCUUUGUAGCCGUAAGUCAUAGUUCUUCGCAAGAAUGCGAAAUAAGUUUGUGAACUUUAUCAGUAUAUCUUACUCGAUCUUAAUUGAGAUGAUACCUAACCACUGAGUUGAUAAAUAUCCAUUGUUGAUUAUAUAUUGUUGAAUUUGGUUUCAUGCGUAGCAAAAAGCAAGUUUGGUUCAAAGGAAUGAGCCUGGAAGCUGUAUUGAAGACCGUCAGCCCGUAUUUCCUCGCACUGUCCGAGCGUGGUUUCACGUACGGGCCUCAGGGCAGGCUGCUGCUGAGGAAUCUCGAGGAGUACUGGUUCACAUACUGUGUCACGAUGCCACCGUACAAUGUGUUCCCGUGCGACACCUCAAUGAGCGACACGUUGCAACAACUGCAGAGCACCUCGAUGGCCAAGGACGUGCCGUUCGCGCUCGUCACGCUCACGACGACUAAGAACGUAGGAGCAUGGAACGAAUCAUUGGUGAACGACAUCAGCUACCGGGUAGGGUCGCACAGAAUCGCCAAGAUUAACGUGAUCACCGACGCGCUGAAUUCGAAGAGUCUUCUGCACAACAAGCAGAGGGAACGCAAGGUAUGGUGGCGUAAAUUCGCCCAGUGCCCCUCGAGAUUCGUGCUCGCCGAGGCGAAGAAGGUGAAAAAUCUCGACGUGACGGAGAUACAGGCGCGAUUCCCCUUCGGCAACAUCACCGUGGAGACGAUCACGCAUUAUCCCGUCACGCGCAAAUUGUAUCCUCAGACUGAAAGUAGUAAAGAUAAUGUCGCGGACAUGCAUAUGGUCGAGCAUGUCGCUUCUUUAGACUGGGGCUGCUUGGCUCUACUCUGCGACAGUCACAUGUCGGACAAAUCAAGCAGAGCGUAUAUUCAUCCUAAAUUAUCGCCGUACAAAACCACAUUUCGCCUAGAACGAGGGGAGAACGAAACUGCAUCGGAUUUAGAAGACUUAAGUCGCUUCGUGCUGUACUUGAACAAUAUGCUCAGGACGAACGGGAUCCAUACCAUAUUGACGAGUACAGACCAAGUCGUAGAGAUGUGCCUGAUACCAUUCGUCGUAUCUGUGGAUAGGACUAGUCUCAAGAAUGGCAUUGUGCACGUAGAGAACCCCACGAUGGCUCUGAAGGAGCCGGUCCAAAUUACCGAUCUGGUGGAAUAUAUUACCACGUGCUGUUCUUGAAUGGCACAAAUCAACAGCGGAUUUUCCAAUCAAUGCGUCACUUCGUGAGAUAUAUAUAUAUAUAUAUAUGUAUAUAUAUAUUGGUAUCAUUAUCACUAUAUUUACUUACUGAGAGUUACAACAAUAUAAACUGUAAAUAUAAAUGAAGAAUUCUUUGUUUCUAUA